AUGACGAUCUUGUUCCAUAAAGAACUGGGCAAGAUCGAAGGAGAGUGCUAUAAUGGCGUUGUACAGUACCGUGGCAUCAAGUAUGCCUCAUUGAAGCACAGAUUCGGCCCCCCUGAAUUGCAUACUGGCUGUGAGAAACCAGCAGUCGUCGACGCAACGAAAGUCGGCCCUGCCGCCAUCGGUAAUCCCACGGGCUGCGAAUUAGAGCUCGAGCUGAUUCAACAGCACUUGAUUGUACCACAUUUACCACCACAAUCGGAUACAGAAUGCCUCAAUCUCACAGUUACUGCACCAGGAAAUCCAGGCAACACACAGCUUCCCGUAUUCGUGUUCAUCCAUGGCGGAGGUUUGGCGAUGGGAUCAGGUACUUGGCCACAGUACGAUCACAGUGCCAUUGUUCGUCGCUCGAUUGAGAUCGGGAGGCCAAUCAUUGGAGUAAACAUCAACUAUCGAACAGGCAUUUUUGGCUUCCUGACAUCCGAAGAGCUCAGAAGCGCUGGAUUCAAAGCGAAUAACGGUCUCCGCGACCAAAAAGCUGCCUUUCAGUGGGUCAGGAAAUUUAUAUCUGGCUUCAAUGGCGAUCCAGAAAACAUCACAGCCAUUGGACAAAGUGCCGGCGGAGUCUCUGCAACUCUGCUACUCCAGUCCGAGGAGCCUUUGUUCGACAGAAUGGUCGUGAUGUCAGGAACAUGUCUGGCAUUGAGGUCCGAACCAACAACGCUGCAUGAAAAGUUCUACGAACAGGUCUGCGAAAUCCAUGGCCUUACAAAUCUGUCCGGCGACCAGCGUCUUGAAGCACUAGACAAGAUCAACAGCCAUGAACUACUUGCAAAGAUUCCUCCUUCAGUGCCGUCACUGCCGGCGAUAGACAACGAAUUUAUCCACGACGUAACUACGUACGAGACUGUCAAAGACUGGCAAAACAGAUCAGAUCCUGCUCUUCCUGGUCUAAGAUGGUGCAGAGAGCUUCUCAUUGGUGACUGCCAAUUCGACGGUAGCAUCUAUCAACUUGCCCUUGGCUUUCGCAAGGCGGAUAUUGGGAAGCAACUUGAGCAGUCCCUCAAUGUAAACGUCCCAGAACAUGAAGUCGAAAUUGAAAAACUUGUUGGGGCAUACGGUAUAUCUGCUGCUGACAACGACGAGAUAGCGUACCUGAGAGUGUUGGAGUUUAUCAACGACGUCUUAUUCUACGUGCCAACGGUGACCGUCUCCAAUGUUUGGCCAGAGACAGUGUAUGUGUAUCACCUGAAUGAGCCGAACCCAUGGGAAGGACCUUUUAAGGGUCAAGCAACCCACAUUCUUGAUGUUGCACUUCUAUUCAAAAAUUUCGACCAUACGCUUGAUGAAGGCACGCGAGCUGUGGGUGAGGCAUUUGGUGAUGCUACUAUCUGCUUCAUCAACGCCACUUCCCCUUGGAAAGCCAGUUCAGCUCACGAACCAAUCGCCUUUAUUUUUGGGGGCGAAGCAAAGCCGGGAAAGCUGGUAGAAGACAUACCUGCGCACACCGGCAGAAGAGAGACCCUCAUCCAGUACGACUCCAGCAUCGGCUUCGAUACGUUGCGCGCAGCUGCCGUGGCUUUCUUGAGUGGCAGAUAA